AUGGCUGAGAUUCUCGGCAUCGCUGCGGCUGCUGUGCAACUGACAGAACUGACCGUCAAAAUUCUGUCAGAGGGGUACGCUUUUCUUAACAAGGCCAUUGGCGCCCCGACGGAAAUCCGACAGCUCCUUACGGAAACCGCAGCUUUGGACUGUCUUUUGAGUCGCUUGCGGGACCUAAGCCAAUCGACUAACUCGGGUUCGGCUCGUGAGAAUGCUCUGCUUCGAUUGAAAGAGAUUGGAGUAUUUGAUGAAUGCCAUAAUCUGCUAGCUUCGAUCAACCAGACCCUAGCAUCACUGAGGAAAGAGGACGGCGAACGACUGAGAAAUAUUGCCAAGAGAUUGGCAUGGCCGCUGCAUGUGCAGAAGGCAGUACAAGAGUCUUUGGAUCGUCUCCGGCGAAUGAAAGAAACUCUUUCGACUGCCCUGGACACCAAUGUCGCAAUCGAAACCAAAGUCAACCAGACGGAUUGGCAGAAGGUAUUUUCUUGGGUUUGUCCAGUGACACAUUUGCAAACACAAGACACUUUGCAAGAUCUUUUGAGUCGACGACACACUGGGACUGGGGCUUGGCUCGUCGAAUCUAAGGAGUUCAGAAACUGGGUGAAUGACCAGUCUGAGGAGUUGCUAUGGAUCACCGGCCUUCCGGGGGCUGGCAAAUCCGUUCUAUGUGCCACGGCCGUUGAGGCCCUCCCAGCCAUACUCUCAUCGCCUAAUGGAAUCAUGGUUUACUUCUUCUGCAGUUUCGAGGAAAAGGAGAAAGCUACUCUUCAUUUCCUCAUGAGCAUUGCCGCUCAGUUUGUUUCACGCUCGCAAAGGUGUUUCAAUGCCGCUUCGGAAAGACAAAAGAGUAAGAAAGGCUUUUCGCUAACAACAAGCGACUAUGUGCAUCUCGUUGAGUCUUUCAUGAGCGGCUAUGACCAGGUCAUUAUUGUUGUGGAUGCUCUGGAUGAGGUUGAAGGGAUGCAACACAAAGAGAAAGAAGCCUUCGUUGCAGUUUUACGUCAAUUAAUGGGAAGGCAAGCUGAACCAACCAUCCCUGACGACCCGAGAAGAUCACUGGGCCGACAGAAAGUUGUCGGCAGAAAAAUCAUGAUAACUAGCAGAGAGGAUGCGUAUAUCCGGAGGAGUCUCGCACACGACUGCAAGUGUCUAUCAUGGAAACUAGACUCGCAUCACCCCCUACAGGCGGACCUCGAGCAGUUUGUGUCGGCUGAGCUGCAGGCUAGGAUCAAGUCAAACAAGAUUUGUCUUAGAGACCUGAAAUUGGCACCGAUCAUUCGAGAUCAAGUUCUUCGAACAGCUGGAACUUUCCUCCAAGCCAACCUUCAGCUAGACUACAUCACGGCGACGAGGACUGAUCGGGAGGUUCGACGGGCUCUUCAGAGCCUCCCUAAUGGCCUCAAUGCUACGUAUGAGCAAAUACUUGGUUUUGCUCUCCAAAGAUACCCACGACGGCAGUCCGAGCUGAAGGAUAUCUUGCAAUGGCUCGCCAUUAGUUUGAUACCACUGUCAGUGGAGAAUGUAGCUGAAAUCACGUCUAUUGAAUCAGACGAUACUGCCCUCGAAUUCGAAGCAAUCGUUACCGACCCUUAUGACGUUGUUGCGCCACUCGUACAAUUGGUAUCGUAUUACCAGACGUCGCGACAUCGCUCGCAUGCCGCAACGAUCGUACAGAUGCAUCACGCAACGGUCAAAGAGUUUCUUACUGGAUCUGACAUCCUGAAUACAUCGGCAUCGAUGUUUCACUUCAGCGAAGUUGAUGCGCAUGCGUUCGCAGCGGAAAAAUGUCUUCAAUAUCUUGCUUUCUCUGAUUUUGAUCGCGAGAUACCCAAGAAUUACAAAGAAUUUGAGGCUUUCCUCAAUCAGUACUCCUUCCUGUACUACGCUGCUAAUAACUGGGCAACGCAUUUGCGGCUGUAUAGCUCGUCCUCUGGCAAGACGAAUAUGGAGAGGUUCUAUCGGCACAUGCAAUGGUUUCUGGACCCUGCCCAAAGCCCGCGCAAAUACAAAAUAUGGCAAUAUGUUCUGGAAGAAAGUCCAAGCAUGAAUGCCACCCGUUACAGCGGCAAUCCUAUCACUUAUGCAAUCGCGAAUGAUCUUCACGUCUUGGUAGAUGUAUUGCUUCCCACGUUGGAGGAUAUGAACGGAUACCUCUCCGACGGGAGUACUUGUCUCAUUGUUGCGGCAAUGGUGGGCGACGUCGAACUCGCGCGUCGUCUCCUGAGCAUGGGGGCCAGAGUCGACGUUCCCGACAGGAUGAGGCUUCUGACGCCUCUGCAUGUUGCUGCCGAGGAGGGAAAAGAAAAAAUGGUUGGUUUCCUGCUGGAACACGGGGCAUCACCGUUCGCUCGCAGUGAUACGGGCACGACACCAUUUUACAGAGCUGCACGGAGCGGGUGCACGAAGACAAUCAGGUUGCUAUACAACGCAGGCAGUGAAGUUGAUGCAGAGACAUGGGACACAUGGACGCCUUUGAUGGAAGCGGUUGAGAGUGGCCACUAUGAGGCGGCUCAAUUGCUCCUCUCUUGGGGUGCUGACGCUGGAAACUUAUCGAAGUUUGGUUUUACUCCAUUGGAUCUUGCAUCAAGCGACCUGGCACCUCUGAUUGUCGAAGCCGGGGGUGGCCCAGGGGUGGACAGAAGUGACGAGCGUCAACAAGCAAUUAAUUCCGUGAGGGGAAGAUCGUGA